GCCGAUCGCGCGCGGUCGCGACACCGCGUCAAGCUGUGCGGAGAGAUGUGCGCGACGGCGUUCGUGGCGAGCGCGCGGUGUAAACUGUGGUGGAUGACGCCGACGUGGGGACACGGAGGCGAGGACGUGCGAGCGGAGACGCAGUUCGCGCUCAUGGAACUGGGCGACGGCGCGGGGUACGCGUGCGCGCUGCCGACGAGCGGGGCGCACUUUCGAACGACGCUGGAGGGAAACGCGAAGGGAGAGGUGUGGAUGAUCGUUGAAAGUAACUGCGAGGAGGAGAACGCGAUCGAGGUGGAUAACGUGAUGGUGAUGGCGUGCGCGAAAUCGCCGUACGAGGCGAUUCGACGAGCGAUGGCGGAGACGCGGACGAUGUUGGGAACGUUUGAGUUGCUGGAGGAUAAAAAGUUGCCGGAGACGGUGGACGUGUUCGGGUGGUGCACGUGGGAUGCGUUUUAUACCGACGUCACGCCGGAUGGGAUCGAACAAGGCGUGCAGACGCUGCGGGACGGUGGGGCGCCGGCGCGAUUCGUGAUCAUCGACGACGGUUGGCAGAGCGUGCUGCCGGAUAAGAGUUAUCGCAAGGUGGUGGUGUCGAGCAUGAGUCACUUUAAUCAUCGCGUGUACGCCGUCAAGGCGAAUCACAAGUUUCAAAAGCUGCACUUGGACCUUCUUCCCGAAGCCGAGUCCGUGGAUGGGCUCGCUAAAGUGGUUCGUAAGAUCAAGACCGAGUUUGGGGUGGAGUACGUGUACUGUUGGCACGCGUUGCUCGGGUAUUGGGGUGGUAUUCAUCCGGAUGAGGAAAACGUAGCGAAGUACGGAUCGGUGAUGAAGUAUCCCAAGCAUACGCCGGGAGUGUUGACCGUGGAACCGUCCCAGGCGUGGGAUCCGCUCACCGUGGGCGGGGUCGGAGUGCCUAGUCCCGAUACUUUGGCGCACUUUUACGUCGUCACGCACGAUUAUCUCUCCGCGUCGGACGUUGAUGGCGUCAAGGUGGACGCGCAAGCCGUCAUCGGCGCGUUGGGGUACAAAAACGGCGGCGGUCCCGCAUUUGCCAGGCGCGUGCACGCGGCGUUGGAAGAGUCCGUGCGGGCGCAUUUCCCCGAUAAUGGCAUCAUCAACUGUAUGUGUCACUCCACGGAGAACAUUUAUAACUUCAAGUCGAGCGCGUUGGCGAGAGCGAGCGACGACUUUUACCCGGCGAACGAAGCGAGCCACACGGUGCACAUCGCCAACGUGGUGUACAACUCCAUCUUCAUGGGCGAGAUUGUGUUGCCCGAUUGGGACAUGUUUCAGAGUCAGCACGUAGCCGGUGCAUUACACGCCGCGACGCGCGCGAUCGGUGGGUGUCCGGUGUACGUGAGCGAUCAUCCGGGUAAGCACGACUUUGAGAUUCUCCAUCAGCUCGUGUUCCCAUCCGGUAGAGUACUUCGAUGCCGCCAGGCGGGUCGUCCAACCCGCGAUUGCCUGUUCAGAGACGUCACUCGCGAUGGUCGAACGGCGCUCAAGGUGUGGAACCGCAACUUUGUGAACUCAGUGAUCGGCGUGUUCAACAUUCAAGGCGCCUCGUGGUCGCGCGCCACGAAUCAGUUCGCGAGUCUGCCGAAACCAAUCUCCGCCACGCUCGCGGAACUGUGUCCACGAGACGUUGAAGGUAUCGCCGAUCGAUCGACGCAGGGUGCAUCGUUUGUGGUCCGUUCCCAUCGCAACCGGCGCAUUGAAAUCCUGCGCUUGAAGGAGUGCACGUCCAUCAUGCUCAUGCACAAGGAUUGGGAAAUUUACACCAUCGCCGAACUCCUCGAGCAAGGCGACAUCAAAUUCGCCGCCAUAGGUCUGACCGCGAUGUACAACGGUGGAGGAUCCAUAUUACGCAUAGACAUGAACGGAAGAUCCGCAAACGUGACCGCGUACGGUCUCGGCGAGCUCGCGUGUUACGCCUCGCGGGCGCCGACAUCCGUCCACGUCGACGGGCGAGCCGUCUCGCCCGAUUUCGACCCGCGCACCGGCGCGCUCUCGAUCGAUCUA